CAAAAUAAAAAUUAUGUCUGACUAUAACAGCGAAGAGUUACUUGCUCCAUGGCCCUAUGUAGGCUUGUAGAUACAGCGAUGUCAUGGCGUUGAGCAACAGCAAGUAGAAGCAGAUGGUUGUUCGGGUGUUGUAGUGUUCCUGCGUGCGAUCGCCCUUAAAAAAGGCGCUUCUUAGCUUCUUCGUAUACGUAACGUUACGAGAUCGUCAAACUAAAAUGCGGGGGUGGUACCCCAGAUCUAAAUGAAGCAAUGAUCUGUUCGGCAUUCUGCGCUUCUCGCACGCUUCGCCGAUACAUCCUCGGAAAUUACGGAAGCCUAGAGGUAGUACAAAUACAGGGUCAUCUGUACUUCCAAGUCAAGGUGUCCCAAUAGUGUUAAGUCUUCACAAUGCACACAUUACUUUACACCUCUCUGUAUGCGAUCCUGGGCCUAGCAGGCCCUGUAUGCGCACAGGAGACCGCUGGUGGUUACUUGGCUGCCGUUUUCAAGGGCGCUGAUCCUCAAGUCUUCCUCAACCUAGCUCCGGCAUCACAACCAUCUACCUUCACGCCGUUGAACAAUGGAAAGGCUGUACUUAUACCAACAACCGGAACACGUGGCGCACGAGAUCCAUACAUCUUUAAGACGCAAGAUGCAUCCAAGUUGAUCGUCCUGGCAACUGAUCUUGACAUUAGCAAGACCACUUGGGGCCUCGCACAGACUAACGGCUCCCGGGGCAUCUUCGUCUGGGAGUCUAGCGACGGAAUUACCUGGUCUAAAGAUCGUCUCGUCUCGAUGAUGCCAGCGACUGCCGGCUACGUUUGGGCCCCGUCAGCAAUCUGGGACGUAGACCGAUCCGCAUACGCUGUGUUUUGGAGCUCCAACAUCUUCGCUGCCUCCGAUACAGCGCAUUCUGGCACACCAAUAGGGCCCUUCAUUUACUACAGCCACACCACUGACUUCAAGACAUUCACCGCCCCUGCACGCUGGAACAGCGACCAGACAGCGACCGUCAUUGACCAAGAGAUCCAGUGGCUUGGCGGCCGAAACUACGUGCGCUAUCUUAGCGAUACGCAGCAAGUGAAGCGGGUUGUCCUCGAUCGGUCUUCUAAUGGGCUGUUUGGUACAUGGACUCGCAUCGGUGUGCCAGUUGACAAGGUUCGAGAGGGUCCCGCCAGCUACCAGGAUAUUCUCAACCCUAAACGUUACUACCUCUGGGAAGACAAUUACAGUGGCCCUGGGUAUGAGUGCUACUAUACGGAGAACUUCACGGUACCGUAUCAAGCAUGUGCGCCUGGUCUUUCCCCAGAUGGGAUGAGGCAUGGGGCUGUUGUGCAGGUUAGUAAGACUAUGUACACGAAACUGGGUGGGAAAUAGGAAGAGUGCGGGGAAGUUCAUUACAUUCAGGAAGUUUGUUGCGUUUACUAAAUUCGAGGAAGUGAUUCACGUCAAUUUGAGUAGCCACAUGGCCACAAACAACGUCCUGCCUUGGGGCUGCGAGCGAAUAUUGCGCUCCAUCCCACACCCCUCCUACUACUGCCGUGUGAUAUAUACCACCACAUCAUCUCCAACUACCUGG